AUGGUUUUUGUAAACGAAGAAAUUGAACAAGCCAAACAAAAGGUUCUCUCCGAAUUAGGCUAUGCUCCAAUGGCCAUUGUGUUGGGAAGUGGAUUGGGUGAUUUUCCAAAGGCUCUCUCCAAUACUCGUAAAAUCCCAUACUCUCAAAUUCCUCACAUGCCUCUCACCUCUGUUCAGGGACAUUCUGGUGAAUUGAUUAUUGGAGAAUUACCUUCUUCUAUUCAUGCAAAGGAACACGGACAUACUUCUCCCAACAAGAAAAAGCUCAUUUACUGCUUUGCUGGUAGAAUUCACUCCUAUGAAGGUGGUCCAUGGGAUGAAGUUACCUUUCAAGUGAAAUUGAUGGCUGCUAUUGGAUGUAAAUUAUUCAUCUUGACCAAUGCGAGUGGUGGCCUUUUUGAUGACAUGACUGGAGGAUGUUUGUGUUUGUUGACUGGACAUUUCAGAUUGCUGGCAAGAAUGGAUCCAAAUAGUUUGGCGAGUGCUGUUCGUGUUUUUGAAAAGAAUGGCAUUGCUACUCAACAGCAACCACCACAACAAACGACAGAACUCGUUCGAGUUGAAAAGAAUGAAUUUGAAUCAGAAAUUGAGGCAAAAUAUUCACAUUUUACACCUAAUUUUUGGACUGCAAAAUAUGUCAAUUUGUGCAGAAGUAUUGCAAAGGAGAAUUCUAUUAAAUUAUUUGAAGGAUCCUAUGCAUGGGCCAGUGGUCCAAGUUUUGAGACACCUCUCGAAGUUUUGAUGGCAAAGAAAUUGGGUGGCGCAUGUGUGGGUAUGUCAACAGUUCCAGAAAUGCUCACUUGCAACUAUUAUGGAAUGGAUUGUAUGGGAAUUAGUUUGGUUUGUAAUUUGGGUGCAGGAUUACAAAAAGAACCUCUCACACAUAAGGAAGUUUUGGAGAACUCCAAGAUUGGUACUGAACAUAUUCAAUUAUUGGUUCGAGAGACUCUCGCAAAUAUUGAAUUUGAUGAGACAAGCAAUUCACCACUUGUCAGCGGCGCAACCAGUGACACCACCUGUUCUACUUCCUCUUCUACCACUCAAUAUGUUUCUCUCAAGUUUAACACUGAACCAAUGAAAAUCACAGAAGAACAAAUCAAACAAUCUGUCCAAUUAAUUCAACAAGAAUUGGGACAAUUUGAUGAAAAUCAACUUAAUAUUUAUUGCACCCAAGCCAAUGUUCCAAACUUGGUACAAGAUGCUAAAAAGGUGGACUUGAUGACCUUACCAAACUUCCCAUAUACAUCUGCUUCUGGAAAUUUUGGAUACAUUACAAAGAAUGCCAAUAAUCAACUUACACUCAUUUCCAAUGUGCAUCCAAGUUUGGAUAAUACUUUUACCACAGAAGAGUCUUUCUAUUUGACACUUGUGUUCAACCUCCUUAAUAUUCAGAAUGUUGCAUACUAUGUCAAGUGCAGUGAUCCUAGGGUCAAUUCUGAAAACACUACACAAGAAAUCUCAAGUGUGACCAACUUUGGUUAUGCUCAACCUUUGGAAUAUGUGGAGAGUGUUUACAUUUCUCAUGACAGAGUUUUGGAUGCUCAUCAGAAUUCUGAAAAGAAGCCCAACUCGUACAUGGGAUUUAUGGGUCCAGAUCAACCAAGUUAUAUGGAAUGUCACGUUGCUCAAGAAUUGGGACAUUCAACAUUUGGUGUGACCUCUUUGAAUCUUUUCUGUGCAUUGAGAUAUUUCGGUUUUAACGUGAAGGCAUUCGUCGAAUAUUCUGAAAAUGCUUCUCUCAAUCAAGUACAAAUGGGUACUUCAUCAGUCAAGAGAAGUGUUAAACCUGUCAACUAUGAACAACAACGCAAAUUGAAAUAUAACAUGCUCAAGUAUGAAGAGGUUGUUGAAGCAACCCAGUUCAUUAAGGAACAAUUAGAUCUCACGUACAAGGUUAUUGAUUCUGCCAUUUUCGAUUUGAAUUUGAACUUGCCAUUCUUUGAGAAUCCAAAUGUUAAUAUUGUCAAGACAUUGGCAUUGAGUGAUAUUCCUCAUUACAAGCCAAAGAAUGAUGUUUCCCAAGCACUCUCCUUAGUUCGUGUGAGUAGUGAUAGCUCAGAAAAAUUAGCACUUGUCAUUCAUCAUGUUGGAAUUGAGCAAGAUCAAAGUGAAAACGCCUAUUUACUCAGUAAUAGUUUGAUCGAUUUGACAUUCUUUGUUCGAGUUUGUCAAUAUCUUCAAACCGUUAAAUCACUCUAUUUGAAUAGUGCUGUGACAAGCGCCCUUUCAGAGCUCAGCUCUGAACCAAUCUAUGCUCCAAACACAUUGGUGCAAUAUAAGGAUCAUAUUAACUUUACUGGAUAUAAUCCAUUGAUUGGUAAGAACGAGAAUAGAUGGGGUGACAGAUUCUUUGACGUUUCUGGAUUGUAUCACCCAUUAAGAACCACAGCAAAGGUUGAAACAUCCAAUGUGUUCUACUUUAAUCAUGCUAUUCAGUUGGAAAAUAGAACUAUUCGUACUCAUACCUCCAAGUUCAAUGCAAAUAUUUUGAGUUCUGUAGGAUGUUAUGAAGCAUUGGUUGCCCAUCAUGACACUAAAGAAAAGGAAAAUAGAACUAGAGUGGUAUCGUUGGGAUUAGUUGUUGACAAUGCUCAAACUGAAGGAAAAUUGAUUUGUCCAGGAAAGAAGAAGGAGCUUGUUAAUGUUCUAUGUAAUGAUAUUUUAGGAUUGUAA